CACGGACCACAUCUCUCAGACCAUCUUUUACGCAUCAGGAAACCCAAACACCGGUAUUCCCCAGAAGUGGUAGGCUACGUUUGUCACACACUGCAGUGAGCACUGAAUGACCUGCUGCAGUAUACAGGAAAAAGAUAAACGGAAGGACUCCUUGCUUUAGUACUAAAUAUUGAGCCCUACUUUAAGCUAUGGCAGUGACCUGGAUGUGUCUCAUUGUGCUUGCCACAUGCAGAGAAACCACUGCAGAUGGAUUUGCAGUGCAAACUCCACAGAAGUCCGUCUCAGCUCCGUACGGAGCCUCCGUCACUCUGCCCUGCGGAAUCUCUCCAGCCACCAGUGCAGUGGAUCUGGAGUUGCGCUGGCACCGACCCGAUGGGUUCAACACCCCGGUUCUGUUCUACAGGAACAAAGCGGUACAGCCUGUAGAACCUCAGUACAGGGGCAGAGUGUCUCUGAUAGGGCACCUGGAGAAGGGGAACGUGUCCCUGAGACUGGAGAACCUCACGCUGGCAGACAGAGGAGAGUAUGUGUGCUACAUCAAGAGUCCUGUAUGGUAUGACACAGCUACAGUAAACCUGACUGUAAGAGUCAUGGGGUCUGCACUGGACCUCUCUAUAGCUGAGACAGGUGAAGGACAGGUAAAUGUCACCUGUGCAUCAGUUGGUUGGUGUCCAGAGCCUGAGCUCACCUGGACAGAUGGAGAGGGGAGAGUUCUAUCUGCGCACCUCAGAGAGCUUUCUGCAGAUGAUGCUGGUUUGGUGGGAGUGAGUUCCUGGCUGCUCUACUCUUCCUCUGAGUCAGAGUGGCUCUCCUGCUCUGUGGGUGUGUCUGAUCAGGAGAGGAGAGAGGGUCGGAUCUUACCGUACAUUUCCAGAGGACAGACUACAGACAGAACAGGCCAGUCUGGUGGUUGGACUGCUGCCUUCGUUAUCACUCUGCUGCUCUUGUUGACACUACUGAUUGGGAUGUUUAUCCUGUACAGAAAAGGUUUAAUCCAGUAUCCUGUGACUUCAACACCACCAGAUGGAGAGAGGCCCACAUGUGCUGGGGCAGAAGAGUCUUUACCACUUAAAGAUAAAAUGGAAGGGAAGCUGAAAACUGCAGACAAAGAAACAAACACAGCAGUGACAGAAUGGGCAGAGAAGGACACAAACACGAAUGAUUCCAUCCUUCUGACACCAGAAUGGGACUUAUUGAAAUCACAUACAGUUAAGAACAUCAGUCUGGACACUAGCACUGUCUCUCCCUUUCUGGAGUUGAGAGAUUUGGGAAAAGGAAACACAGAAGUGAGGUGUCCUGAUCCUCUGAAAGCCCAGGGCCAUGGGAACAGGUGUCCCCAUGUUCUGUGUAAAGAGAGAUUCAGAUCAGGAAAGCACUGCUGGGGGGUGAAGAUUUGGAAAGAAGGAAAAAAUAUUGAAGCUAAGAUUGACUCUGACAAAAUAAUAAAACAGAAGCAGUCGUGGUAUGUGGGGGUGUGCAGUGACACAGCAGAGCGAACACUCAGAGUCCCUUUAACCCCAAAGAACGGCUUCUGGGUUCUUCAGUAUGAAAAAGGAACUGGACUCUUUGCCAACUCUGACCCUCCAACUCCAGUGCAGGUAGCAACAAUGUUUAGAAGGCUGGGAAUGUUUCUGGACUGUGACAAACACACUCUGUCCUUUUAUAAUGUGGACACUAAAUUACACUUGUGCACCUUUGAGAAUGUGAGAGCUGCCAAUGUCAACCUUAAAUCACAGUGCACCUCUAAGAAUGAGAGACCUCCCAACAGCCUGAUUCCUCUGAUUAGUCCUGGAGUCAGAGACUCUUUGGUCAUGAAGAUACGUGCAGAUGUAGAGGAGAAACUAAAGGGCAAAGAAAACAAAGCAAAAUACAGCGAAAUGAGUCAAAGGACAACUUGCCUCAUAUUCCCAUUUUCUACUUUAUUUCAACAGUUUAUAAUACAAACUCUUAAACAUUAUAUAAACAAUACUUGUCAUUAGUGAUGUAUUAUGAGAACUUUCCAUUUGGUAUAGAAAUGUCAUUUUCUACAGCACUGAUUAUUGAGAUAAGGGACAAAAGUACUUUUGACAAACAAAAAAUCAAUACUACAUUAUUUUGAAUUGGAUAUCUUCAUAAACAUAGGUCUCAUCUAUCAUGCCUGAAAAGGAACAGGAUUUUAUUUAACCACUUUUUAUAAAAAUUGACAUUUACCGACUUAGUAACUUCAUUUGUCAUUUGUCAACUCCGACACAUGAAAAUAUGUUUUUUUUUUGUGUGUGUUUGAUAUAUUCAACAACACUGUAAAGUCUUUAAGUGUGUAGAAAUGGUGUGCCUUAGUAAGGUUUAGUGAUACAUUGCCAUUUUACAUUGUUUUGGAAUGAGACAUUUUAAAUUACCUUAAUUUAGUUUACCAUUUUAUAAUUUUUAAUAUACAAUAAGUGGUUUUGUGCACACAAGACACUGAUGCAUGUAGAUAAGUUGAUGUUUUAAAUGUACUGUAUUAACACACAAUAUUGAACAAAAGAAACAUACAUUUUUUUAUAAAAAUGAAAAACCUCCAUCUUACGGUGUUGACACACAACUGACGGUGGUGUUCUAUACCUACAUCAAUGUACUUUCCUAACCACCAGUGAUCAUCAUACACCACUGCCAGCCAAUCCCCUGUCUCAAUACUGUUGAUAGUUACAGUAUGUCAAGUUGAAGUAGGCUCCUCAACAGUCUGGUCCAGAGGACUUUCUGUUGGGGUGUCUAUUUCAUUUAGCCAUCUAUUCUGCAUAGCUCUGGACCUUUUCUUUGCUUUCCUCUAGUACCUUCUGCCGUGUCUUUUUGCUCUGGGUCCUAAUUCUCCUACUUGUUUUACUUUUUUGUUUUGGACGCUGUCCUUCCAUCUCUGUCUCUCCUUUUCUCCUCUUCCCAUACCUCACUCCUGAGGUAAACCAUUACCAGUCAUCAGCCAUCCUGGUGUUUGGCCCUCAUUGCACCUGAAGUCCCUUCCCUAUGACUGCCCUACCAUUGCCUGCUGCUUCCACCUUGCCUGGAUUCCUGCGCAGCCUAGCGACCCACUACCGCCCUAUGACAAUUCCUAAUCCCUAUGGACAAUACAUCCCCUACACUAGACUAUUUGAACUUUCUGAUACUUUCUGUGACUGGUUAUACCUCAGGUGGCUUUAAACACCAUGUUCUAUUCUCUACACCUACAGUAACUAACCUAUUCAUUAUCAUGUAUUAUUGCCCUUAUUGCCUUAUUAUAUAACCUUAUUGCCCUGUAACUGACCCUAGGCAGAUGGGUCUGGCCCUUGAGUCAUGGAUCUGCUUGAGGUUUCUUCCUAUAUGUAUCCAAUUCUAGGGAGUUUUUCCUCGCCCCUGUUACUCAUGAAGUCUCUCUGAAUGUUUAACACUCUGUAAAGCGCCAUGAGACAUAGAGCUAUAAGUGAAAUUAAAUUGAUAUUGACAUUUUCUAACUGUUUCCUUCUGCUUUCUGGGUCACUGAUAAUUGUUUCUCUCCUUUUCCUCAUGGUACUGUUUCUUUUUCUUUGCUCCUCCACUGACAUUUUUUGUCUAGCCAUGUCUGCCAAGAGUACUGAUAAAAACAAUACUUUUUAUGAAAGUUAUUAUUUGGCAUUUGGUCAAAUUAAGAUGUUUUAAGUCAAUCAGCAUGCAUACUUAGAUCAUAUUAUCAUGUUAUGUAGUUGUUAUACAUUACUUAAUGAGUAUUUGGGAGCACUUUUUCACUCCAUCAGCUUACAUGUCAACACCGUCAGACAAAAUAUCUGACAGAGUUGACGUCUGACGGAGUUGACAAAACAACAUGUUUUUUUUUUUUUUAACUUAAUCAUUUGUAGUAAAUGGUAGCCAUUUUGAUUUUCCUCAGUUGCCAGCUGCCACUAAACUAAACCAAAAUACCAGCUUAUAUUUCAAACUUCUUGAUUGAAUUUAUCCCUACUUUGAAGACAGUGUUGACAAAUAAAAGCUGUGACCACAGGGAUUUCAACUUGUUUGGUGAAUAUUUUUUUUUUUUAAAAACACUUACUGUACGAGACCAUGUGUUGGACUGCUGCAUCCAUCAACAGAGAGAAGUCAAAGGGGGUCCUCAGGGUUAAAGCUGACCAAAAUAUGCCUGAUUUAUUUCGAAUUUGAAAACCUAUCUGAUGGAGUUGACAUGAAUUG